GCCGCCGGCCCGGAGGAAGAGGCGGGCCGUCCCUGCCCCGGCCGCCGCAAUGCAGGCGGCCCUGGAGAUCACCGCGCGGUACUGCGGGCCCGAGAUGGAGCGAUACGGCCGCUGCGUGGCCGCCCGGCCCGACACCUGGCAGCGGGAUUGCCACUACCUCAAGAUGAGCAUAGCCCAGUGCACGGCUUCGCACCCUAUCAUACGGAAAAUCCGCCAGGAAUGCGCGGGACCAUUUGAGGCAUUUGAGCGCUGCAUGCAGCAGAACCCGACCACCGUGGACAACUGCGCUGACCACGUGAACCGUUUCCUGCUCUGCGCCGACCAGGUCAAGCUGACUGACUGACUGAGGUCCUUCUCGUUCUUCUCCCCUGUUCCCAGACUCCUGACCGCCCUGUGGACUGAAGAGAUGCUGCCGUUGUGCCUUCAUCCCUGUCUGGGCAUUGAGGUUUGUGGAAAGGGAAGAGGAGGCAGCUCCUCAAUUUUCCUUCCCACCCCUCUCCCCACCAGGCUGUCCUGCUGCUAUAUAAACUUGACUCCUCCUCCCCCUAAUAAAAAUCGUCUUCCUACAUUGCUGAA